CGGGAGCCGAGGAGGAGGCUCCGGACGCUGCUCGGGAACCGGGGACCUGGGAGUGCCCGCGCCCUGAGCUCUCAGCUCCGGAGGCGGCUUCUCAAAGCAGACCCAGGGCCUGCCUCCUCCUCCCCCAGUGCCUACGGAAGGAGCACCACCUGCCACCAUCCCAACUCCUGCCCUAAAAGUCAUGGCCGAAUACGGGACCCUCCUCCAGGACCUGACUAACAACAUCACCCUUGAAGAUCUGGAACAGCUGAAGUCAGCCUGCAAGGAGGACAUCCCCAGUGAGAAGAGCGAGGAGAUCACCACAGGCAGUGCCUGGUUUAGCUUCCUGGAGAGCCACAACAAGCUGGACAAAGACAACCUCUCCUAUAUUGAACACAUUUUUGAGAUCUCCCGCCGUCCAGACCUACUCACUAUGGUGGUUGACUACAGAACUCGUGUGCUGAAGAUCUCUGAAGAGGAUGAGCUGGACACCAAGCUAACCCGCAUUCCCAGCGCCAAGAAAUACAAAGCUUUCAUCCCUGGACACAUCCCUUUUUGCCCCUAGACAUUAUUCGGCAGCCCUCUGAGGAAGAGAUCAUCAAACUGGCUCCCCCACCGAAGAAGGCCUGAGCAAGGGGGAGGAAGAGGAGGAAGGUUGUACCUUCAUCAGAUCACUCCCUUCCCCAGCCUCCAAGGGAGGGGGCAAGGGCAGCACUCCCAUGCACCCACUUACUAACCUGGUCCUAACUCCCUUACUGUGCGCGUGUGUGUGCGUGUGCGCACGCUCUGGCUGUCUGUCUAUAUGUCUAGCUCAUCUAGUUCCUCCUCCUUGUGAGGGGGUGGGGGUCAGGAUGGGGGGCUUAGUUUCCCCACUCUAAGGGGGAGGUGGGGGCUAUUUCUAUGCAAAUAGAAAUUGGCACAUUCCUACUUCCCUUUCUUCCACUUUUCCUGGCCACAUCUUUAAAAUGUGGAAGCAGAAAAGACCUGCAUUUUCCUACAUUGAGGAGCUGAGAAGGUGAGGUAUGGGAAUGGUGGGUAGAUCUAAGGAAAAGCAGGGAAGGAAAGGAGGGAGGACGAAGAGGCCAGUCUCCACCUGAAAGGGGCAAAGAAAAGCUGGAGUUCAGUGUUUGUAUCCUGAUGCUGGACUAGCUAAUAAGUUCCAUUUCCUGCUGUUCCUCAGGCUGGAGAGCCUAGGUACCAGCAGGUCCCUUUUUAUGCUCCUCUCAUGGGCAAAGAUGGGUAUAAACCAGGGAUCUAAUGGAAGAAGACCACUGUAUCCUUUCCUGGUCCCUAAGAGCAAAUCCUAUGGAGCAGCCAGCAUUCAGUGUCCACCCCCACCCCCCACCUUUUUGCUCUGGAAAGACUAGGCUGGGAACAUGCACCACUGAGCCUGAAAUGGGGACAUAGAGGGAUGGGCCCCUUUAUCACUCCUUUAUUCCUAUUUAGACUGUUGCACACACUGACCCCAAACUUAGGUUGAGAAAUGAGAUCCUUAGGUUUUAAUCUCAACCUGCCCCCGCUAUAGGGUCCCAAUGUGGAUAUUGCAGGCAACUCCCCUCUCUCUACUCAGUCUAGAACACCCCAAGCCAGAAAGAAGUGUUUUCCUUUGUACUGAUCCCCAUGCCAAUUCAUUCUUUGGAGGGGACUUGGUAACCCUUCUCACUGACACCCCGGCCCCCUUGGGCUUGUGGACGCCUCCUAGCCAAAUAACUAGAGUACAGUGAGUGACCCCACCCUCUUGCCUGUCCCAACAUGCCCUUCCCCACUCUGACCGUGCUAACUGUGUGUACAUAUAUAUUCUACAUAUAUGUAUAUUAAACCCGCACUGCCAUGUCUGCCCUUUUUUGUGGUGUCUAGCAUUAACUUAUUGUCUAGGCCAGAGUGGGGGUGGCAAGGGAGUGCCACAGUGACGGGAGUGGCAGAGGCAAAUUGCUACAUAUUCCAAACAGAAAAGCUUUUUAUAUUAAAAAAAAAAAAGCAAACCAAAAAAAAAAAAAAGAUAAGAUUCACAUGCAAACAGACUAUUUAGAGAAAGUUGGAAGUUAGCAGCUUUUAGGAUGUGGGAGCAAAACUUCAGUGGGAGCAGCGGGCUGGCUGUUGGAAGAGGGAAGAAGCCAGACUGGUCAGAGUGCCCCUCGACUCCUAGCUGAGCCCAGUCUGUGUCCCCCCUCUGGCUACUGUUGCAGACACCUGCCUUAACAUACACACCUCGAGUACUCCACGGUUUUGCCUUAAAGGACCUUCCCAACUCUCCCCAGCCCUGUCUGGCUUCUCCCUUAGGGAGAGAUACUUGUAGAACUGGAAUUAGGGAAAUGAGCAUGAACUGUCCUUUUAUUUGGAAUGUUAUGUGAGGGAGAGUGAGAGGGAGGGAGAAAAUGAGAAUUAAUAAAGAGCUUUCCUUAUGGAAUAAAAAGGAAAAGAAAAGACGGGUUAUUUCGGCAGAGUCUAGUAGUUUCUCUGUAAGGCAAAAUAAUCUAAAAAGACUAACUUGCCCUCCCACCCUUGUCCUGCUGUAAGGCUGCCCCUAUCUUGUGCUCCUCCAUCUGCAGUGUGCACGGCCUUGUUCUAACCCUGGAAUAAAGGUGACUGAUUGUACUGUA